AUGAGUUGUUUGCUAUCAUGCAACACCGAAUUAUAUGUGAUCGCUAUUGCACUGGUGUUGUCACAGAAUAUUGACGAUUCUUCAGCAGUUACACCGAAAUCCCUUAGUUGUUGUUGGAUCCAGAGGAGUUGUGCACAACAGCUUCCAGCUACUAGGUAUUCUGCCUCUGCUGUUGAUGUUGCAACUGAAUGCCUGGAUUUUCGAGGAAGGAAAGAUCAAGAAUUCAUUGAUUCUGAAAUGGCGUCGUCAUCACGAGUUACAAGGACACGAAACCCUCCCGGAACCCCUGAUCCGGAUGCCGAGGUGAUUUCCUUAUCACCCAAUCGGCUGUUAAGCACUCACUCGUUCGUAUGUCAAGUAUGUUACAAAGGGUUUCAGCGUGAGCAAAAUCUUCAUUUACACCUUAAAAGCCACAACAUGGAUGGGAAUCUAAGACCACGGUUGGAUAAUGGAAACAGGAGGAGAGUGUAUGUCUGUCCUGAACGGACAUGCAAACAUCACCACCGGAGCCGAGCCUUAGGCGAUGUCACCGCCAUAAGGAGGCAUUAUAGUCGGAAACACUCCAAUGAGAAGAAAUGGAAGUGCGGAAAAUGCUCCAAGUUGUACGCUGUGGAGGCUGACCUAAAGGCUCAUAUGAAGAAGUGCAAAGUAUACCUUUCUGACUGUGAUCAAGUGGUUAGAAGCUCGGCCACACGUAUUCACUGCAAUGCUUUGUCUCAUAAUCCGGAAGGCUAUGUUGGUGGAUCAUCUUCUACCAUCCAACGGUCGCAGUUGCAGCCGCCACCGCCGCCUCUUGUUCCUUUCACGGUAGCACCAGCACCAUCUUCUCCAUUAAUGCCACAUUCAACCAGCUCGUUAAUUACCAAUUUUCCCUAUGCCAUAGACAGUACUCCAGCCUAUAAUGGUACCCCAUUAGAAUUUGAGCCAUCUCUUCCUCCCCAUUCUUAUAUUCCUCCCUAUUUCCUCACGGGUAAUUCCUCCUCCUUUUCGGGAGUAAACCAACAGAACACCAUGGGAGCUGUAGCGCCAUGUCCAUAUCCUUAUGAUUAUAAUGCAUUCAUGGAUCCAGAAGUUAAUACCGCGAUGGGAACACCGGCCGGCAAGAUGAUAAAUGAUGGAACAAGCCAGCCGGAGAUAUCUGAUCAUCAUCUCAUGCUGGCAGCAAUGGAGGAGGCCAUGGGUUUGAAUGGAAUAAGCACAGGGGUUUAUCAAGACCCAUUUAGUGGCGAUGAUAAUGGAUAUUUUUAA